AUGGAAUCUAUUACUGGUGAUGGCUGCCAUUCAGGAUGGUAUAAAAGAGCCCUGUGGGGUCAGGAGACUUUCAAACUGAAGUCACUCACUCACCUGGAAACAAACCCAGAAGCUCAAUCCACCAACACCAUGGUCAGCUCCUGUUGUGGCUCCACCUGCUCUGGCCAGAGCUGUGGCUCUGGCUGCUGUGCUCCCUGCUGCUGCCGGAUUGGCUGCUGCUUCCGGCCUCCUUGCUACCAGAGCACCUGCUGCAGGACCAACUGUUACCGGCCCACCUGCAUUGUGUCCACCUGCUGCCGCCCCAGCUGCUGUGGGUCCAGCUGCUGCCA